UGAAAUGAGACCACUAAAAUCAAGUUAUAUACUUGGCACAGCAUUUUCCCCAUAGUUUCACCCCAAAUCUCACCCUUCCAACCCAAGUUUCCAAGUAAGAGAGGAGAUUCAUAAUCAAUAAAGGAAACUUCCCCUCCAUUUAAUUCUUUCCCACUGCUCGCAUGGAAAACCAACUCCCCUUUUUCUUAUUCCUUCUUACCUUUCUCUUCUUCACAUUCAGGGCUUUGAGGACAUGGAUGAAUACCAAAUCUAGUGGCUCUCCAUCAAUGCUACCACCAGGUCCUCCAAAAUUACCUCUGAUAGGAAACUUGCACCUUCUUAUUGGGACUCAACCUCAUCGCUGCCUUGCCCGAUUGGCUCAGAAGUAUGGUCCAGUGAUGCUUCUGCAACUUGGGGAAGUAUCAACAGUUGUGAUUUCUUCACCAGAAGCUGCUAAACAAGUGAUGAAAACCAACGACUCUGUUUUCUCUGAGAGGCCUUUUCUCUAUGCUGCACAGUUCAUAACUUACAAAUUUAGAGAUAUUGUAUUUGCCCGUGGAGAUUACAGGAGACAAAUACGCACAAUUUGUGUGCUGGAGAUGUUAAGUCAGAAACGAGUUCAGUCAUUUAGACCAAUCGGGGAAGAAGAGAUAUCUAAUUUAGUAAGAACCAUCUCAUCGAAAGCAGGAUCGCCCAUCAACCUUAAGAACUUCUUGUACUCUUCAACAGUCAACAUAUUCUCCAGAGCAGCCUUCGGUGGGAAAUGUAAGCACCAGGAUGCAUUCAAGAAACUUCAUCCGGACAUUGUAGUGUUGUUUGGAGGUCUCAGUGUUGUUGAUGUCUAUCCUUCCGCAAAAUUGCUCCAUCUGAUCAAUGCCAUGAGGCCUAAAAAUAAAAAACUGCAUAACAAGGUAGAUGAGAUUCUUGAAAGCAUCAUUCAGGAACAUAGAGCUACAAAAUUAACAACAAUGACAGGAGAAAGUGAAGUAGACGACCUCGUCCAAGUCCUUCUGGAUAUUCAGGAUCGUGGAGCCCUUGAAGUUCCGUUAUCAACCAGCAGCAUCAAAGCUAUUAUUCUGGAUAUAUUCCUUGCGGGGGUUGAAACCUCAUCUACAGUUGUAGAAUGGGCAAUGUCAGAAAUGUUAAGAAACCCUGAAGUAUUGAAAAGGGCACAGGCAGAGGUGAGGCAUGUGUUUGCUGGUAGAAGAGAUGUUGAUGAAUCAGGCAUUCAUGAGUUGAAGUACCUCAGACUAGUUAUCAAAGAGACACUAAGAUUGCACCCUCCAGCUCCUUUGCUACUUCCAAGAGAAUGCCAAGUGAACUGUGAGGUUAACGGAUGUGUCAUACCUGCCAAAUCUAGGAUCAUAAUUAAUGCAUGGGCAAUAGGACAAAAUCAAAAUAACUGGACUGACGCUGAGAAGUUUUAUCCUGAGAGAUUUUGUGAUAGUUCAAUUAAUUAUAAGGGAGGAGACUUUGAAUUUAUUCCAUUUGGUGCUGGAAGGAGGAUGUGUCCUGGUAUAACGUAUGGUAUUGCAAUUGUAGAGCUUAUACUUGCAAAUCUGCUCUACCAUUUUGAUUGGAAGCUUCCUAAUGGAAAGAAGCCUGAAGAUUUAGACAUGACUGAACAUUUCCGUGCUUCAUUGCAAAGAAAAGAUCUGUGCUUAGUUUCCAUACCGCAUCAUCUGUGACUUCAGAAUAAUAAUUGCGACAUGCUUUAAGCGAAAAAAGGAACUUUGCUUGAAAAGAAGAAUGGGGCAAGUUUUUGCAAAUUAGAGUACGCACUAAAAAUCUAGUUCAUCUAUGUAUCAGAACCUGCAUUUGUGCACUGUCUGUUGUGCCCCAUUCCCUAGUGGUUUUAGCUUCCAUCUUUAUGUUGACUUGAUUUGAUCUGGCAGUGAAAUUCAUUUUGCUAAACCAAA